AUGACUAAAUGUGUAAAAAGUGUGACGGGUGGUCUCCAGCCACAACCUCUAGAUGCUCCCAGUGUCCUCCGCUGUAUUCGGCCGAUCUCUAUCACUCCUGCCUUAAGCCGGCCUCUGGCUCACUUUCAGACCACAAAUGGACCCACCCCAAGCCGGCCUGUUGAGAGGGCUAUCAGAACCAAACUCACCAACACGCUCAAGCCAGACCACUUAGAGGUACACAAUGAAAGUCACAUGCAUGCCGUGCCCCCUGGUUCCGAAUCCCACUUCCGUGUCCUGGUUGUUAGCGCCCAAUUCAAAGGUCUGCCACUGAUACAGCGCCACCGUCUGGUUAAUGAUGCUUUGAAGGAGGAGUUGAGUAGCUGUGUUCAUGCACUUGCUAUACAGGCAAAAACACCUGAGCAGUGGGGGAGUAACCCCACCCUGGCUAAGAGUCCACCAUGCAUGGGAGGAUCGAGGGGAGAUCACACAAUGGAGGAGAAACUG